UUUGACAGUUACCAUGUGUAUAAUCUCAAGAAUCGUGAAAAAGUACGACGAGACGAAGAGAAAGCACAAGCUGAAGACGAAGCAAAAGCCGAGAGAGCAAUAGCUGCAGAACGAGAAUACCGUCUGAAUCUCCUCCGGCAACGUGCAAAGCAAGAACCAGUUGAAAACACGCAGAAUGCAAAAGAGAAUUUGGACAGACAAGCGGAAGAAACAUCAUCGCAGCAUGUUAAUUUAUGGGCAGAAUUGGAGGAAAAGUCAAAUAAAAUAACACGCACGAAUCCAGAGUAUGAAUCGGAGAAGAAAGCAAAAGAAGAUAAAUGGGAAAGAAACGUUACCAUGUACUUGGAUAAUGUUACUAAAAUCUCACUAAUACGCGAAAAGGAUGCUAAACGUCCUGAUGCUUCAAUUUAUCCAGAUCAAAGUCCGUGGUAUAAUGCAAAAUCAACAGAUGUGGAAAUAGGUCCUUUGGAUAAAGACGGAGAAAAACGAAAAGCAAAAACACUUCGCGACGAAAAAACCAAGACACGUCAAGAUCCUCUCUUAACUAUCUCAACAUCUCUAUCCAAGAGACAUAAGAAGUCCAAAUAUUCUUCAAUUUCAUCACUUCCCUCCUCGUCCAAGCACUCACAAUCUUCCCCGUCAUCUUCACAACCCUUAUCCACUAUUGAAAAACUGAGACAAGAACGUCUCGAGCGCGAGAACCAAGAACGUCUUCGCACCGAACGGUUACUAUCUCAAAUAUCGGGACAUUCGAAAUCGGCGGAUCCAGAAGAGAGUGAUCUUCCGCGUGGGAAUCUACCCAUUACGAACGACGCAUCGAAGAAUGAAAAUCAAGAGUCAAGUGAACGUAGACUAAGGACAAAAGAUAGAAAGAAUAAGGCACAGCAAAAAGAAUUGGUAGACGACACACUUGAUGGUGAAGAAGAAGAGUAUGUCAUGUCUCAUUAUGACAAACCACUCAAGGACAUACCACCACCACUUCCUUCCUCGUCUUAUUCUUCGCCGUCUUCACACGCUUCUGAUCUGUCGAAUCUCAAAGAACGGUUUAAUUAUGCUUCGCAUGUCUGUGCAUCGAUGAUAUUAAAUACAAAUAGGGGAGCUAAAUUUGCUCAUGCUAUUCUCACUGAAAGCAAGGAUCAGUAUAUGCUUAAUGAAUGUGACUCUGAGAAGUUUGUAGUUGUUGAACUAUGCAAUGAUAUUUUGAUCGAUACGAUCGUACUUGCCAAUUUUGAGUUUUUCUCGUCAACGUUCAAACAUAUUAAAAUAUACGCCAACAAUGAACAUCCGCCUAGAAAAGAAAGACCAUGGCGUUUGUUGGGAGAAUAUAAAGCUGAGAACACGAGGGAAUUACAGGUAUUCAAAGUAAAAGAUCCCCUCCUUUGGGCCCGUUAUAUUCGUAUAGACUUUGUAAGCCACUAUGGUCGUCAAUUCUUCUGUCCUGUCAGUCUUUUACGCGUACACGGAGUCACCAUGUUUGAAGAUUAUAAGCGUCAGGAAGAACAGUCCUCAACUCCCCCGCCUUCCGAUAUAACCGCAAAAAUAAAUAGAACUGAUGAUGAUGAUGAUUUUAUUGACUAUUUAAAAACCGAGGAAGCGACGCUAGAAAUGAUUGAUAAAAAAUUGAGUGGCGAGAGUGAGGGGAAAGGCGGCGAAGGAGAAAAAAGCGAAAGACGGAAUGGCGGGAAUGGGAAAAAUGAAGGAUCGAGUCCUGGAAAUGAUCUGGGAAGCGAAGAUGAUAGAAAAAAGAGCGGUAAUGAAUUAAGAGGUGAAAUUGAUAGAGAAACGAAUUCGGGUGAACGUAACCUGCACGGAGACGACGACCCAAAUCUUUUGCAUCCACUCUUUGGCUUUGAUUCUCUGUCUACGCUUCAAUGUCCUCGAUUACAUGACGAAAAGGGAAUAUUUAGCUACCCGCUCUGCAAAAUUACAGAUGAUCCAUAUUACUUUGUGUCAUUCUUCGACAAUGCACGAAGAAUGAUAGAUUAUCAACAUACGUGUUUGAAAGAUCAAUGUGGGCUCUAUGAAGAGAAUUGUGGGAACACAAGGUCAACAGGCAAUAGCGCUGUGACGACACCAUCAGCAUCGCCGUCAACACCUUCGCCUUCUUUAUCAACGCCCCUAUCCUCCUCCUCCCCUUCGAGUCUUCCUCAAAUCUCUCCCUCCUCUCAUCAACCGCCUUCACAAGAAGUUGCAUCCCCUCGCAUUCAAAAAGAAGACUCUGAUACUCAGAGCGUUUAUCAAAAGUUUCUCAAACGUUUCAGUGAUCUUGAAUUGAAUGCGCUCGCGGCAAAGAAAUCUAUGGAGAGUCAGAGUAAGAUGCUGAAAGAUGUCUUGAACAAGAUACAAACUCAGCAAUUUCAGAUUUUGGGUUUUAUGACCGAAUUAAACCACAAUGUGACAGGAUUGGAAUAUUCCACGCGUGAAACGAAAGCUGCGUUGGCUCGAGUUGAAAACACUAUAAGUGAGCAUGCCAGAGAGAUAAGGCUGCUAUCUAAACAGGUGGAACUUUACGCAGAGAUUUCUACGCUGGAAUACGUCGUCAUCGUUUGGCUCAUUAUUCUUACACUUGUCAUGGUUGCAGUAUUAUGCAAUUACUAUAUUUCGCAGAAAUUUCUCGACACCGUUCAUGGCGUGUACCGUAUGAUAAUAAAUGCGAUGAAAGUGUCAGUAAUGAGAUGGGAAUCAUGA